AAUACUCUUCUUCACCUUCUCACCAGAAACAAAGAAAUACUUUGCUAGCUCUGCAGUUAGUGAGAUUUGUUUCUCUCUUAGAAUUUGAGACUGAAACUGACGAAAAUCCCUCCAUAAGAGAUGGAGAUGGCCUCCACUUGCAGCAUCGAUCGUGUCUUGCUUGUUCUAGAGUUGCUUCUGAACAGCUUACGAAACCGGUACGUUCCUUUCGAUGUUACUUUCGAUGCAAUCAAACACAUGAAAUUUCUCAAAACAUUUGUUAUGUGUGCAAGAAAGUGGAGCCUUGUUCAUUUGUACUUGCAAUCUGACAAUGUUGUGAAGAAGGUGAGUCUUCCAUCUUUCUUAUCUUGUAUCGAAGAUACCUUUCACAAAUAUGAGGAGGAUAUUCACUCUCUUUCCCUUAGAUCAGAAAUUGAGAACUAUACUAUUGGUAGUUAUAAUAGCAUGUUCAGGGAACUUGAGAAACAGAUCAAAUCACUGAAGCAAGAAAUCAUCCAAAUUUACUUUGCUUUGGCAAGCAGCAGGUCAUUUCAAUCAAAUUCUUGUAUGACAGAUGAUGAACUGUUGGAAUUCAUAGACCUCAUCCUACAAAAUCUAGCAGAUUUGAAGCCCUUGAAGUUGGAUUGGGCACUUGGUGAAUCGUCUAUUUCUGCUACUUUGAGUGCUCAAGUCCAAGCCCUUGAAGCAAAGCUGACAUUCUUGAAAAGCUUCAUUCCCUUUGCCAAAAUGCGAGGAACUGCAGAUAUUCCUGCCUUGCUAUUGGCGCACUUUGAAGUGGUGGCUUUGAACGCAGCAGGCCUCUCUUGCAUGUGUUCUUAUUGCGAUGAUGCUGAGGAAAUGCAGAUAUAUGAACAACAACAGAAGAUCAGAGCUGUUGAUUUUCAUGUCUACGAGACUUAUAUGGAAGUAUUUAGAGCUUCAUACUGCUCAGCAUCGUUACAUACACCAAGGAUGCAGGAUAAGCAGAUACUGAGCAACUUCAAUGAUUCUCUUAUAAGUUGUCUCUGGGAGCUGUUAUGCUACAGUUCAAGUUUUAUGGAUUCUAUGAAUGAUGAAAUGCACAUACUCUAUGCACGACUGAGAUUCUUGAGAAGGAUUUUAAGGGAGCAUCAUGAGAUGAUGGAUGAACAAAAUGAAAAAAUUGGAGCUCUCCUUAGUGAGGUAGGGAUUAUACUAUUCUCGCCCACUCUGAGCAGAGUGAUAGAAGGAGAAGUUAGCUUCUCAGAAUCCACCCAGGUUCUUGAUUUUUGUGAUAUGCUGGCCAAUACCAACAUCCAUAUCAAGCAUUUUAAGGAUCAGAUCAGUGGCCCAAGUACUAUAGAGAGUCUUCCUGAUUCCUCUCAUAGCUUAAGAGCACCAGAAGUUAGCCAGACUUCCAGCCGCAUGCUAUCAAAAUGUAAAAUGCCAAUAGCCCAUGAAGUCAUGGUUGGUCUUGAUGAUGAGGCAGCAAAAGUAAUUGAACGACUUAUGUGGGGACCAGAACAGGUGGAAAUUGUUCCCAUUGUGGGAAUGGCUGGGCUUGGUAAGACGACUUUAGCCAAAAAAGUUUACAAUGAUAGUUCAGUAAUCUGUAACUUCCACAUUCGUCUUUGGUGCACUGUUUCUCAAGAAUUUAACAUGAAAAGCUUGUUAAUACAAAUUUUGUGUUCCGAUGGAAAACGGUCAAGGAUGGACAAAGAGCUUAAAAACUUGAAUGAACAUGAAUUGCUUCACAAGCUCUAUCAAAGGCUGAAGACGAAGAGGUAUCUAGUUGUUUUUGAUGAUGUCUGGGACAUUAAGGUAUGGAAUGAGCUGGGAAUUGCAUUCCCGAAUGACAAGAAUGGAAGUAGAAUCAUCUUCACGAGUCGAUCUUCUAAUGUAGCUUCACAGGUUCAAUAUGGUGGAGAACCUCACUAUCUUCGCCCACUCAGUGAGAAAGAAAGUUUUGAAUUACUUCAGAAGAAGGUAUUUGGAAAAGAAGAUUGUCCUCAAGCAUUGCAUGGAUUGGGAAUGGAGAUUGCCAAAAAGUGCAGGGGAUUGCCACUUGCACUUGUUGUUGUAGCUGGAGUCCUAGCAACUAUAGAGCGUGAUAUUUGUGUUUGGGAAGAAUUUGCUGAAAGUUUAACUUCGACCAUGGUGUCUGGUACAGACCAGUGCAAGAAGUCAUUGGAGCUCAGUUAUGAGCAUUUACCAUAUCACUUGAAGGCAUGCUUGCUGUAUUUUGCUGCAUUUCGAGAAGAUGAAAAAAUUGGUGCCAAGAAUUUGAUGCGUCUAUGGAUUGCAGAAGGCUUUGUGGAAAAAGUUGAAGGAAAGAGGUCAGAGGACACUGCAGAAGAAUAUCUGAUGGACCUAAUUGGUCGAAAUUUAGUUAUGGCAAGUGAAAGCAGGUCCAUUGGUGGAGUCAAAACUUGUUACAUUCACGAUUUGAUAUUUGAGUUCUGUAAGACAGAGGCAAAGGCAAAGAAUUUUCUUCAGGUCCUGCGAGGAUAUGAUGAGCUUUCUACCUUUAAUGUACCUCCCUACCUACAUCGAUUGUCCAUUUGCUCCAGUGGAGAAGAUUUUAUAAAGUCAAAGCUAUUUUGUCCACAUUUAGGUACUCUGCUAUUCUUUGAUGCUACUCCAGGAGAUGAGUUUGAGUUGCGUAACAUCUCAUUCCUUUUUUGCAUCUACAAACAUCUUGAAGUUUUGAAUUUAGAGGACAUUAACCUGAGGCUGAAGGAGCUUCCAACUGAAGUCGAAUCACUUCUUUGUUUGAGGUACUUAGCCCUUAAAGGUCGGACCAUGGAAUUCAUUCCACCAUCUAUAGCCAAGCUCUCACAUUUGGAAACCUUCAUUCUAAAUUCUUGCAUGACGGUUUCAUUGCCAGAUAGCAUCUGGAACAUGAAGAAUUUGAGGCAUGUCUAUGUAAGGGGUGACGUUGCUAUUGGUCUUUCUUCCAAUGACAAUAAUGUUGUUGAAAACCUCUCCAAUUUAGACACACUCUCUACUCUGUGUAUUUAUUUUGAUCAAGGGGGAGAGAACAUAUUGAGAAGGAUUCCCAACGUUCGCCGACUUAAAAUUUUCUGUUUGGCACUAAAUGCACUAAAUAGAGCAUGCCGCAACAUGAGUCAGCUAGAAUGCCUAGAAUCACUCACCUUGGGGAGCUUCAACUUCUCAGGUUCACGAGAACAUGUCGAGCUUUCUUUUCCCAUGAAUUUGAAAAAGUUGUGUCUUUCCUUCCUGGGCCUUCCCUGUAGGAAAAUGUCAUUGAUUGAACAACUACCCAAUCUUGAAGUCCUCAAAUUAAGAGUUCAGUCAAUGGAGGGCCAAAAAUGGGAGCUGAUGGAAGGAGGAUUCCCUAAACUCAGGGUCUUGACUUUGUCUGAAUUAGACUUUGUGGAGUGGACAGAGACAGACCCUCACAGUGAUGAUUACUUCCCGUGCCUUCAGCAAUUAAAACUCCUCAAAAAUUCUAAUUUGGAAAUGGUGCCUGCUUGUUUAGGGCGUAUAUCUACUCUUGCAACAAUUAAGGUCAGAUUUUGCAGAGAUGGUGUUGACUCUUUAGUACGGAAAAUUGAAGAAGCACAGAAAAAUUAUGGAAAUGAGAAUCUGAAGGUCAUCAUCAUAGGUUGAAGGGCAUCAAGCUGGUUGCAAUAUCUGGGAGUUUUUCCACUUGAGAUUGUAGUUGGUCAUCUAUGCGGUCUGGCUUUCUUUGGUGUUUUGGUGGAAGAUGGAGGUAAAAGUUGAAAAAAUUGGAAACAAUGAAUGAGGUUCGUACACUGUGCAGCACAAAGGUUAUUCGGAUAUUUUGCUGUUGGUAUAUUUUGUGUAAUUUCGUUUUGGUGAAUUUAGUGAUGGUUGUGUGGUAUUUCUUUUCAAACAUGUGUCUAUUUGCUGAAUUGGGACUUGGAAAAUAGGGACAAUGUACGAAGGUAUCACCGCAAAAUGAUUGGUUUUUUGCCAUCAAGAAACUCGGUUUGCCCUCAGGGCGUAUGACGCAGCGGUUGAGGGGUCGGCCUUGUGUUGCUGGCUUCUCCAUUGACCAGGGUUCGAUUUGUGCCCGGUGCAUCGCACAUCCUGACUCGUCCGGAUAAACUGUAUGGGGCUGUCGGCUUCCCUCUGGUUUGGUGUGCCGGCUUGGGUCCAAAGGGAUCGGGUCGGGCAUGUUUCGGGUUACCAAAAAAAAAAAAAACUGGGUUAUCUUUUUUCUUUUCCUUUUUUUUUUUCUAUCUGAGGUUGAAAAUCCAUCAUUUUGACAGAAUUGAUUAACAAUUUAUGUCUGAGCUCAUGAUUCUUGGGAAAAUAACACAGCGCAAUUUGGAAAUUAACAGCAGACUUUUGAUCUA